UCACUAGUGUCGUUGCGAGAAUCGUUGCGAAGCUUGAUUUCUGCGACUGCGUUGUUGAAAUUGUGAUUUUUGCUUCUAAAAACGCAACGAGAUUAUUAGUGCAAUUGUUUUUACUAAUAAGUAAACUUAUAAUUAUAUAAAUGGCAGACAAAAAAGUGACGCCCCCCCUCGGCGCGUACCCACAGCCGCAGCCGCCCCAGGGGCCGUUUCUACCAGCGCCGCCGCACCAGGCCGCGCCGCAGUAUGGCGUCGCCGGGGGUUCCCCUUACGGCGUGACGUUCGGCGGCGCGGGCGCAGGCGCGGGGGGAGUGUACGCGCCCCCGCCCUACGACCAGCUACAGCACCACCAGGCGAUACCGGCGCUCAGUCAGCAGUUACCGAUGUACAGCCCAGCGGCGGCCAUGUACGCGGCGGCGGCCGGAUAUCCGGGCUACAUCGGGUACCCGGUGCAAUACUACCCGUACUACCCGGCCGCGGCUGUCCAGCCGUCCAUACAGCCGCUGCGGCCCACUAUCAUGAUACCUCAGAACGGAUUCGAGGCGGGUUCCCGGUUCGAGGGGCUGGCGCAGACGCUGCUGCCGCCCGCGCCGCCCGGCGUGCCGCCCUCGCCCGCGCACCUCGCGCACCUGCAGCCGCACCAAGUGCUGUGGCGUUAAAUCAACGGGUCUAUUCACAACCGACGGCCGCCGCCCAGUAAGUCUCGAUGUCGCUCUGUCUUACAAUACGGUACUAUUAACACUCACUGUGAGUUUUAAAUUUAUUUACAAAAGAUGCAAUGAAAAAGAAAAAAAAUAUCGAAAUAUAGGCGGUUUAAUUUUGGUAUUAUUUUUGGGUUGAACUUGUCACAGGUUUUUUUUAAGGAAUGAGUCUUUAGUCUCGUAAAGACUGAAAGACCACUUUUUUUUUUUGUAAAUGUUCUUCAUCAGUAAAAUUACCUCAGGCUCUUACAACGUACUUUUUUGUAAAAUAAUAUCAAAAAUUAUAUCAAAUAGCAAAUAUUGUACUUUAAUUAUGAUUCUGUUUAAGAUUAAUGAAACACCUGGUAUUGUUGAACUUUGAUAGCUAAAAUGUCACCUUUUGUUGAGUUUGAAAUAUUAUUUUACGUACCUAUUAAAAUUAUCAAUUGGCAUCAAAUGAAACGUCCUCUUUCAAGGCGCAAAUUUAUCAAACUAACUAACUAGAUAACGUUACACAUAUCUAGAUUCCAGCACUAGUUGCAUAGGGAUGCGCCUAAAACUGUCGCUCUUUCGCUUUUUAUUAUGACGUGAAACGGGACGGCGAUAGUUUUUCGCGCGAUAAAUACGGCGUCGCCAACAGUAUAUAAAACUUACCUAAAUCCAAUACAAAUUCUCCUCUGUCACUUUUGUCAUAGAGUUUAGUGCAUGCUUGAUAUGCUGUUAACUGUACAUCACUGAUUUAAUAUACACUAGCGUAAAUGGGCAAUGCAGAAGAGAUAAAACAUAUUUAAGAGCAAGAAAGACAGGACCAGUGUUCACACGAACAAGAUUGUUUUUUAAUAAAAAUAAAUGUAAACUUCUACCUAAAAAUUAGUUGCUACACGUUAAACACAAAUAAAACAGGGUGACUUUUAAUUCAACUGCAUAAAUAUUACUGUUAAAUGUACUCAUCUAAAGGAUUUUUAAAAACGUUAAAAGAAAAAUAACGGUUCAUAUUUCAGAAAGUACGAAAAAUAAUAAAAGUAUCUAAAUCCACGAUCCUAAAUACGUCAUUUCACCCCGGCCGGCGGAAAAGCGACGCGUAAGAUUCAGAGGUCAAUGACACAAUUCAUUCAGCUGAGCGAUCUCGACAACUCUGCGCUUUACUUGAUCUUGAUACUAGAAAAAUAAUUUAUUUUUCAGACAUUUAUUUACAUGUUUAGUUUUAAUUUCUUUUUGUAGUAUUGGUCUAAUAAAGCGUGUGACGUAGUUUUUGAGGGUUUUUUAAAUGUGAAAAUGAUGACGUUUAAUUUAAAUAAAAAUAGGCUCAAACGACUCAGAAGCAUGGGUAUAGUCUAUGUUUAAAAGGAUGCAGUUGUUUUAAAUGUUACCCUGUAUAAUAACGGUGGCUUGCGAAAAUUCUAUUUAAAAAUUAAUUUAAAAAAAAUUAUAUUACAAAAAACACGGUUGUAUAUUAAAUAAACUAAUAAAAUAUUUAUUGGUCUUGUCUAUUACCGUUGCUGAUUUACGUUAAUAUAUACUAAUUUUCAAUGUGUAGAUGAAAACCAUAUGAUAGGAUGCAGACACGGCCAAAAACAAUAAUGUCGUAGCGAAAAAAUAGCUUCUUCGGUUGUUGGCUUUAUCGCAAUAUACAGUAUAUCACCACUUUUAUUAUAAUUUACACCGUAUGCACCUGCGCAGAAUUGAAUUGAAAAGAAAAAUUGCAUUUAAGUCAAUUUAAAAAAAAAAUUAAAACGUAUUUUUGUGAUUACCUUUUAUGAACAGUGUAGAUAAAACCAGGUGUUUUAUUUUUUUUUAAUUGAAAUUAUAUAACUUGUAUCGUGUUAAGAAAACGAUUUAUCGUGUUUCCUCAUAUCAUUUAUUUUCUUCUAAAUGAAAUAUCCAAAUUUUCAUUCUAAAAUCCAACUUUAAACUCUAAAUACAGGUCUAAAAUUUGAGCGUUAAAGAUUAACAAAACAAAAAAAAAAUACUAUACUACAUAUUUCGUGAAUAAAAUAUUUUAACUAAAUAAAAUAUAUCUAUCAAAUAAAGUACGGUUCUAAGCACACAGCUCUUAUUAAAACCUUGCAAAAAAUAUAGUAUUUUGAAGAAAAAAAAACUCCCUUCAAAGAUUAUAAAAAAAUUAAUUAUUUAAUAUUUUUAACCAUUUUGUAAUAACAGUGAAUUUCAUUCAACCUGGAAUUGAGUAUUUUUGUUUGAAAUUUAAGAUAUAACUUACUUUUAAAACAAUUAACUUUGAUUCCAUAUUUAUUACUUGAACCUGUACUAAGACAACACUAAUAAUUAAAUUGAAAUACAUUAAAUAGGUGAGUCCGUCGGUAUAAUAUCUAAACCCGAAAAUGACUGUGAUGUCCCAUGGGAUUUGGUUGGUACGGUCUUACACUACGAUUGGAUAAAUAAAUAAAUAUAUACAUACAUAAAAUCACGCCUCUCUCAAAGGUGAAAACUAAAAACAGACUUGUUAACUUAUUUGUGAAACACCCCCACUGAUUUUCUUAAUAUAAUCUCUAAAACGGUUAUAUUAUAUAACACUGGUAUUCCACGGGUCAGAAAGGAAAAUAUUGUAACGUCAAAUAUAUUUGAGUAUUUAUUUAAGAAAAAACGUCUCGUAAUUUGUUUAUUAAAAUGAAUAACGAAAUUUAUAAGGCAAACCAUCAUUAUUUUAAUUAAAUCGUAAUUACAACUAAUUAAUUUGAUGGAUCAAUGAUUUUCUUUUUCAUUGUUUGACGCCAGGAAGGGGGUGAAGCAAAGAAUUGUUUAUUUAAAUAUUUUUAGUUACAAUUAUUUCAUUGUGUACAUCCAAUCGUGAAUGUAGGCUGUUCAUCGAAUCCCAUAAUAACGUAGAAAACCAGUGCUUGUCAUAGAACGAAUUAUUUCAAUAAAAACCAUAUUUUUAAUGAUUUUUGUAUUUUAAAAAUAUAAUGAAAUGGUUGUUUUCAAAGUGUAAUUAUAUCGUGAUUAGACACGAGUAUCUCUGAUAAUUAAAAUUGAUGCAUAAGUAAGUUUAAUACAAAUUUAUUAAAUUAAAAUAAAAAUAUAUUAAAUUUUCUCAUUACCAUUCAAUAACACCAAAACGAUGGCUGAUUUUUUUAACACUAAAUCAGUUUUGCAUGAAAUAAAAAUAUAUUUUUUUAGACCUUCGAUAACUGAUGGUAAGCACUGGUUGUCAUUGUACAUCGGCCGGAGCGGUCGCCUCAAAUUUAUAGUAUUAAAAUGGGGUGUGUACGAUUAGAUGUUAAAUGCUGUGCUGGGCUGUGAAGCUGAUGAGACGAAAGGAUGUGUGGAAAGGUUGUGUCUGAGCCGUGGACGUGAGUUUUGUAAGGCAGCGAAGUUUGUGGGAGGAUUACAGAAUUAGUGUAUUUUGGUAACCACAAUAUUUACCUUUAUUUGCCUAAAUAUUAGAAAAAAAUUAUAAGAACAACUUCUAUGUAUAAAUAUUUCGAAGGUAAAUAAUAAAUCGGUUACAAUUUCAUCAUAAAUCCAGGUUACACUAAAAAUGCCAUAGUUCAGCGCGGAAAUAAAUGAAAAAAAAAUAUAAAAAAUUAAAAAAAAAAUAACUGAUAGACAGCGCAGCAUAGCGAAUAGAUUAUAAAGAUAUAUAAAGGUUGUGCGAGUGUGUAUGUUGCGAGUUUAUGUAUAUUGGGAGUGAUUGUGUUUAAAAAGAAGGGGUACCGUAACCAAAAAUAUUGUUUUAAAAAAAACAUAUUCUCAAAAAUUUAUGAAAUAACUUUGUUUUACAAACAUGUCAAUGAUCUUUUUUAGUGUUGAAGAAAAUAAUAUGAAAAAAGAAAGAAAAAUAAACUCAUUUUUGGUUACCCCUACCCAGUGGCAUAGAGAUCGGUGUUGCCUUGUCGAAAUUAAUCAUAAAUUUCAAAACGGAGUAAUAAAUAUUUAUGGCAUUAACCAAUGUUGCCAUGUGAAACUUUUCAGAGAGACGGAAUUUCUUUUUUACUGUUGAAGUGAGAUGGCAGAUAAGUGCGAAAGUGACAAAUAUAUCAGGGAAUCUCAGCUGAAUGUUACAGCAACAUGCGUUUUGUUUUUAUUUAGAUUAGUGUUAUAUUUAUUUAUGACACUAGGGGACUUUCAAUAAUUUUUUUUCAAGAAAAAAAUGUUUUCUUUUUAUAUUAAAUAAAUUUUUAUUUACAUAUUAAGUCUCGCUUAUAUCUCGUUUUAUUAAGAUCUGAUUUUUAUUUAUUUUUGUGAUAGGAAUGAAGUGUUGAUUUUGAAUGCAUUAAAGAUGGAAAUAAGAAGACUAUUAUCCAGCAACGUAUAACGAAGUAAAUUCAAAUAAUGUUGGAACAAAAAAAUAAUU